AAACCUUUAACAUCCAUUAAAUCACGGACUAUACUCUCUUAGCUCUAUUUUUAUACUUUAUAACCAUAACCAUGUCAAUUCUAAUGUCAAUUUUUAACUAAGUUGACCGGAAUCUUUCUUAAUUCGUCCGGGAUGGAUGGUGACAGUGAUGAAAUAAAGGAGCAGCUGAGGCUUCAGUUUCAAUCUCUUCAAGAGCAACAAGUGCAGCGCAUCCAGAGAAGAUUGGAGAUGAAAAAGAUGGACAGAGAUAAGAGGGAUUCAAACGCUCCUCUUCUCAGCAGUCUGGACGUUAUAAACCUCACAGAAGAGGAUGAUGACAUGAUGAAUCUAUUCAAUGCAAGAGUGAUGCAGAAUGAAAAUGAACAGUUGCAUGAUCAUCUGAGGGAACUGAGAGAUGAGAACGGCAGACUCUAUAAACUGCUGAGUGAGAAAGACUUUGAGAUAAAACACCUGAAGAAGAAGAGAGAGGAGGAAAGAUUGGCUUUAGCAGGAACUGCUGGUCUGGCAGGUGAUGCAGCUGCAACCAAAAUUGUGGAGCUAUCAAAGAAGAAUCGAGAAUUAGCCGCUGAAAUAGAACGAGGGAAGACCAAAACUAAACAAGCAAACAAUCGAGUCAAAGAUCUGGAGAAAGAGCUUCAGGCCACAUUGUUACGUAAUCCUGGAAAGAAGACAGACAAAAUGCAGGAUUCAAGGACUGUGAACGACCAUCUUGAAAACAGCCCAGUCGUAAAAUCCCUGCAGGAGAAACUAUCUACAGCCCAACUCAAAAUGACUGAAUACCGCAACCAGAUCCAGACGUUUAAACAAGAGUUCAAAAUAGCUCACAAGGUGUUGAGCUGUGAGGUGGGCGAGGAUGUCAAUAUUCAGCAGAUACUGUGUAACCCGGGAGGCUGGAGAGGCCGUUCUCAGCAGAUCCUCGCCCUUCAGAACAGAGUGCGAGACCUGGAACGACAGCUGAGCCAGUCCUCUCACAGAAAGCAGCUAUGUGACUUAGGCCUGGAGGAGGAGAUCAUGAGAACGGGAGGCCUACAGAAGACACAAGACAGAAACCUCAGCCACAUCCGUCACAUAGAGAGGGAGAGGAAGGAGACACUGGAGAAGCUCACAAUAGAUUAUGAAGUUUUGCUUGAUGAGCACUCAGACAUGAAGAAGAAACUGGAGGCCUCCAAAGCCAGGAACAAAGUGUUGAGCACAGAAGUCAAAGCCCUGAAGAGCCAGAUCAGCACUCUGCUGGAUAAAGGCAAACACGAUGAUGAGCUGGUCGAUGCCUUAUUGAAGCAGCAGGCUUCGUGGCAGGCCAUGCUCGGGCAUCUAAGCCAGAAAGGGUCCCAGCGUGAGGAGGCUCAGCAGGGCCUUGAGAGGCAUCUGCACAGCGAGGCCCAGCAGCACGCCUCGCUCAUCCAGCAGCUCAGAGCCAUGGUGUCAGAGAAGGAGAACAAGGUCAAAGAGCUGGAGCGGGAGAUCCAGCAACUCGCCCACAUGAAGCAGUUGGAGUGUAAGAGUCAAACUAACAUCAGGCCUUUGACAUCACGACAUGAGAACAGCAGGGAGUCACACUCUGCCAGAGAUGCACAAGCGGCCUGUGCAGAGUGUGCUGUUAAAACCCCAGCGCUCCAGGCUCAGUGUGCUGAGUAUAAGGCUCUUUAUCAAGCUGCGAGUGUGGAGAGAGACAGACUGCUGGAACUGACCAAAGUACAGCAAACCAGUGAAGAAGAGGCAAAGCACCAGUGUGCAGAAGCUGAGCAGAAACUCAGACUAGAAUGGCAGCGUUCAGUCUCACUGGAGCAGCAGCUGGAGAAAGCCAAACUGGACUCAAGGAAAGAAGCGAGUCUGCAAACAUCUAAUCGGAGUAGAACAGGAAGCUCGGGCAGCACUUUGAGUCUCCCUGACAAACAGGAGGGUUCGUCUCCCAGAAGCCCCUCUGAUGUCACCCGUGAUGCUCAACAUAUUCAACUCAAAGCACAGCUGGCACUGCAACUAGAAGAAAAUGAAACCUUGAGAACUGCUCUGAAGAACGCCUUGAAGGAAAAGAAAGAAGGCUUGCAAUUCUACAAGGACAUGCUGGCCCAAGCAAAACAGGAAUUCCAGCAGGCACACAGAAAGCAUGAGCAGGGGACUUAGACUGGACUGAUGAAGUGUCUUUGCUAGCAAACAGAGAUCCCUAAAGGACAACACCGGCAUUAAGGUGACGCUCGCUCUGUAUGGUGCCAUGUCUGCUGUCGACAACACAUACAUAUACACACAUGCACAUACAAAACUGAUGACUUGUUUCAUGGCACUCAAACUUUCUAAAGUACAUCAAUCCAACCGGCAUUGUGUCACGAGAACAUGAAUGAGAAAUGUUACGCUUUUUGUUGAAUAGAAUAUUAUAAUAAAUAGAAUAAAAUAAUAAUGAUAUACUGCUUGUUUAAUAACAGUCGGAACAUUUUAAGAAAUUAUCAAGGUAAACCAAGUUUUUUUCUUCUUCUCUUUUUGGCACUCAAAAGUGGAAACACACUUACCUGCCUUCUUUUCUGACGCACAUUUCUCAUUAAUAUUUGAUUUGUGUUUCAUGGUGUGAAACCAAAAUGAAAAGCAAAACCAAAAUAAGCUCUGCAGAAUAUGAACCCCCCCCUGCUCAAGCGAUAUAUGUGCGAUGACUUGACCCCUCGCUUACCGUGUCUCUCCUCUUGUUUACAUUUAGCGUAUCAGCCGUCGCAUUCAUGCUGCCAUACAUGAGUUAUUCUCUUUCCUAUGUGGCCGGAGGGGCUUUGAGGCCUCCCCUCCCGACGCUGCUCCACCACGCUUAAUUUAAACCUGUGGCUGAAGCAGUGUGCUCCUCUUGAA